CACCGUUUUAACUUUUAUUUUUAAUUACCAAUUUUAUACAACACAUUUUAUACAAUUUUAUACUCUCUAAGUGCAAUUUUUAUUUAGAUUUAAUCCAACCACACCACCAUGCAAUCCGUAAUUGCCCGUUCCUUAAACCUCGUUCGCAGGUCGGCCAAUCUCAGACAGAUUGCGUCUUUGUCGGCCCUUCCAGACACCCAUCAGAUGUUGCAAAAGACCUGUCGGGAUUUCGCCAACGCUGAGUUGAGUGCCAAUGCUGCGAAAUGCGAUCGGGAACACCUCUAUCCUGAAAAACUGAUCCGUCAAAUGGGAGAACUUGGCACCAUGGCUGUGGCGAUUCCAGAGGAGUUGGGUGGUACCGGGCUUGAUUAUUUGGCCUACGCCAUCGCUAUGGAAGAGAUCUCUAGGGGAUGUGCCUCUGCGGGCGUGAUCAUGUCGGUAAACAACUCCCUCUACUUGGGUCCUCUGCUUUCCUUCGGAAAUGAUAAACAAAAGGAGACUUACAUCACACCCUACACAACCGGAGAACGAGUGGGAUGCUUUGCAUUAUCGGAACCGGGAAAUGGCUCAGAUGCUGGAGCGGCUUCUACGAUAGCCACCGAUAAGGGAGACCACUUUUUACUGAAUGGAACCAAGGCAUGGAUCACGAAUGCUUUUGAGGCAGAGGCCGCAAUAGUUUUUGCCACCACAAACAAACAGUUGAAGCACAAGGGCAUUUCCGCUUUCAUAGUCCCUAAGGGCAUAAAGGGCUUCUCCCUGGGCAAGAAAGAGGACAAGCUGGGCAUUCGAGGAUCUUCAACAUGCCAGCUGAUAUUCGAGGACUGUGUGAUACCCAAGGAGAGCAUGUUGGGAGAGCCCGGCUUUGGCUUCAAAAUCGCCAUGCAAACUCUAGACGCUGGAAGGAUAGGUAUCGCUGGCCAGGCGCUGGGAAUCGGCCAGGCUGCUUUGGAGCUUGCCGUGGACUAUUCGCAAAAACGUCAGGCAUUUGGAAAACCCAUCUCCAAAUUGCAAUCUAUUCAGCAAAAGAUUGCCGACAUGUCGUUGGCAAUGGAAUCAGCUCGACUUCUUACCUGGCGGGCUGCUUGGCUAAAGGACAACAAGCAGUCGUACACCAAGGAGGCCGCUAUGGCCAAGCUAGCUGCAUCGGAGGCAGCUACCAUGUGUGCCCACCAGUGUAUUCAGAUCCUCGGUGGAAUGGGUUAUGUUACGGACAUGGCAGCAGAGCGCCACUACCGAGACGCUCGGAUCACGGAAAUCUAUGAAGGCACCUCCGAGAUUCAACGGCUUGUUAUUGCCGGUUCGAUACUCAAGGAAUACGCUAGUUAAGUCACAAAACUUAAAUUUUAAGCACAAAGUUUUUUUAAUAAUGUGAAACCAAUCCCUCUCACUAAAAACAUGUAGACCAAAUUUUUAUUUACGAUUCAGGCUUUAACAACUUUUAUAAACAAAUAUAUUUG